AGGAUGGGGACAGAGCUGCCCCCCGAGCUCACCGAGGUGCCCCUUGGGGGGAACGGGAGUGCCCAGCCGGUGCCUGACACAGCCCUGCUGCCCCCGGCGCGGGGCAUGGCCAUGUUCAUCGUCCGCUGCGUCAUCCCUUCGCUUUACCUGCUCAUCAUCACUGUGGGCUUGCUGGGCAACGUCACCCUCAUGAAGAUCUUCAUCGCCAACAGUGCCAUGAGGAGCGUGCCCAACAUCUUCAUCUCUAGCCUUGCUGCUGGUGAUCUGCUGCUGCUAGUGACCUGUGUGCCGGUGGAUGCCUCCCGGUAUUUCUCUGAGGAGUGGCUUUUUGGGGAGGUGGGCUGCAAGCUCAUCCCUGCCAUCCAGCUCACCUCUGUUGGUGUCUCUGUCUUCACCCUCACUGCCCUCAGUGCUGACAGGUACAAAGCGAUUGUAAAUCCCAUGGACAUCCAGACCUCCAGUGCAGUGCUAUGGACCUGUCUUAAAGCUGUCGCUAUCUGGGUAAUCUCCGUGCUCCUAGCAGUUCCUGAAGCAGUGUUCUCUGAGCUAGCCCACAUCAAUGACACGGAUAAUGCCACUUUCACAGCAUGCAUACCAUAUCCCAUGACGGAUGACAUGCACCCGAAGAUCCAUUCUGUGCUGAUUUUCCUUGUGUAUUUCCUUAUCCCUCUCACCAUUAUUAGUAUCUACUACUACCAUAUUGCAAAGAGCUUAAUAAAAAGUGCUCACAACAUCCCUGGAGAAUACAGUGAGCAUUGCAAAAGACAGAUGGAAACUCGGAAACGUCUGGCAAAAAUUGUCCUAGUUUUUGUUGGCUUCUUUGCUAUCUGCUGGUUUCCUAACCACGUGCUAUACAUGUACCGAUCUUUUAAUUACAAUGAGAUUGAUCCAUCGACGGGACAUAUGGUUGUUACCUUAGUGGCCCGAGUGCUAAGCUUCUGCAACUCUUGUGUCAAUCCAUUUGCACUGUAUUUUCUCAGUGAGAGUUUUCGAAGACAUUUCAACAACCAGCUUUGCUGCAGGAGGAAAGAUCAGCAAGAAAGAUCUGUCAGCUACUUGCGCAACUCUUCUGCCAUUCAAAUGACUUCCCUGAAAAGCAAUACCAGGAACACAGUAACUAGCAUGACACAACUGAACGGGCACAACUUGAAACAAGAAAUGUCAUUAUGAUUUAAUAGGUG